CUGUUGGCGGCCGCCAUGGGCGCCGCCGUGCUGCUGGGCUGCGCCGCGAUCGCGCUCGGGCCCGCGGCCGCGCUCGUGCCGCUCACGGUGGCGGCGGAGCCGCUGCUCGUCAUCGUGCUGCUGGCGGGGGCGUUUUUCUGGCUGCUGUCGCUGCUCGCCGCCUCGCUGCUCUGGUCCGCGUCCGCGCAGCUCGGCGGGCGGGAGGACGCGGCGCUGCUGCCGCUCGGAGCCGCGGCCGCCGUGCUGCUGCAGGAGCUCUGCAGGUUCGGCUGCUUCAAGAUGCUCAAGAGGGCGGAUGAAGGGCUGGCGAUGCUCAGCGAGGACGGGCGGUCGCCGAUCUCCUGGCGGCAGAUGGCUUACGUGUCCGGGCUCUCCUUCGGCAUCAGCAGUGGCGUCUUCUCCAUCACCAACAUCCUGGCGGACUCUGCGGGGCCGGGCACUGUCGGGAUCCACGGGGACUCCCCGUACUUCUUCAUCACCUCUGCCUUCCUCACCAUGGCCCUGGUAUUGCUCCACACUUUUUGGGGCAUCAUCUUCUUCGACGCCUGUGAGCGGCGCCGCGCCGGGGGCCUGGGGCUGGUGGUGGGCAGCCACCUGCUCACCUCAGGGCUGACCUUCCUGAACCCGUGCUACGAGGCCAGCCUGGGCCCCAUCUUCAUCCUCACGCUCUGCACUGGCCUCUGGGCCUUCAGCACCGCUGGUGGCUCCUUCCACAACGUCCUCAAGUGCCUCUCCUGUAAGCAGGAGCCUGAGGGCCAGGCCGUGCUCUACUCGGAGCUGCAGGUGCCUCCCGAGGGGUGAGGGAGCCGUGGCCCCACAGCCAGACACUCCUGCCAUUGCCUUCACCCCUCCUGCUCCAGGGGAAUCCGUGUCUGCCCAGUUCCUGGGGGCCUUUGGGCUCUGACUGGUGCUCCCAGGGGGUUUUGGGGUCUGACCACCACGCUCUUCCCUUUGCUCCCAGACCCUCUGAACACCUUUCCCUCAGUUGGAGGCUCUGGGGAAGGCCAGGGAUGCCCUGAGGGAAGUCAGGGCAGGACCCCCCAUUUCCUCGUGUUUGUCACCCUGGGGGGGGUCCCUACCCCUGGUGAGGCUCUAGGGGUGGGGGGCACGGGGAUGCUCUGCCCUUCUCACCCCUGUUCAGCUCCCAGGGGAUGGGAGGUGCAGCGGGGGGUAAGUUAUUUUUUUGAUUAAAAGUAAAACCCUUUUGUAAAAGCA